ACGUCGUGCAGUAACUUGCAUGUGGCGGCAGUGGUGAACUUGUAAAUAGAGCUGCUGGCUAACAUGGAUUUCUAAGAUUUCCAUAGAAUUGUCUUCAUUUGUACAUUUUGCUAAUAUUCAUAAAAUAAUCGAAUUACAUUAUGGCCGGGAGUCGUCUUGAAAAAUUCGGCACUGUCUUCACACGAGUGAGAGAUUUAAUGCGUGCAGGUGUGGUCAAAGAGAAAGACAAACCGAUUUGGUACGAUGUGUACGCUGCAUUCCCACCAAAGAGAACCCCUCUUCACGUGAAACCAUUGACAAGGAAGGUUAAAGAAAUUGAGGAUAAAGUGCCAGAAAUAUUCUAUAGAGAAGAUGUAAUCCGAGCGGAAUUUUAUGACACAUAUAUGACUGGUGCAAAAUCGAUCGAUCUGUCCAAGUCCAACUUUGUGUCAACCUGUCAAAGGUUUGUGGACAAGUACAAUGAAUUGCAAAGCUCUGGAAACUUUGAAGAAGACUGCCUGUUUGAGGAGACCAGUAAGGCACUUCUCGCAGAGGGCAUCAUACUCAGGAGAAAGGGUGCUCCUACAGUGGCAGCAGAACACAGAAACCCUUUACUGGACAUGAAACUGGCCGACAUGCUGGCCGAAGAGCAGCUAACCAACACAGCAGCAGACAAGAUGACAUCAACACUGACGGACCAGACACAGACAGAAACACAGACAGACACACCGACCACCGAUCCCAAACCCUCCUAAAUACACACCUGCAAUUGGACCUCAGCCCUUUGCUGCACUCAAGACCACGGAGUGUGAGGAUUAUCACCAUACUGCCCAUUCAUUGGGCUUUGUCUGUAGUUUAAGACAUGACCUUGGCCACAUUUUUGAAGUUACGCAUGAAUGAAGGACUAUGGAUAGUCUGUCUAUUUAUGGGAUAGAUUCUGUCUAGAAGUGUGUGUGUGUGUGUGUGUGUGUGUGUGUGUGUGUGUGUGUGUGUGUGUGUGUGUGUGUGUGUGUGUGUGUGUGUGUGUGUGUGUGUGUGUGUGUGUGUGUGUGUGUGUGUGUGUGUGUGUGUGUGUGUGUGUGUGUGUGUGUGUGUGUGUGUGUGUGUGUGUGUGUGUGUGUGUGUGUGUGUGUGUGUGUGUGUGUGCGUGCGCUCGUGCGCGUGAGUAUUUCAAGUGCAUGUGUGUAACAAUUUGACCACAUAUUAUGUGAGUAAAAUGGGGUAAAACCACCUAAUAAAACUUUAUUUACAAGGUCAGAAGUCUGCUUCAACAAUCAGGCUCCAAAUAAAACAAUUUUACAUCA